CUGUACCGGGACGUGAUGUUGGAGAACUACAACAACCUGGUGUCAGUGGGGUAUCAAGCCAGCAAACCAGAUGCGCUCUCCAAGCUGGAACAAGGGGAAGAACCGUGGGCGAAACAGGAGGAAGUCCCCAGUGGAACCCGGCCAGAACCUAGCAAAGUUGAUAAUCACCUGCAAGGUCACUGGGAAAAUCCAAGAAUGCUGAAAGGUAUGGAACAAAACCACAAACACAAUGCAUUUGGAAAUACUGUUCCUCAAAGCAAAAAUCAUUUUCCUUCCAGGCAAAAUCAUAUGCUUGAGUUCUAUAUAAAAACUUUGAAGUCAAAUUUAAGUUUAGUCAACCAGAGCAAAAGCUAUGAAAUUAAAAACUCUACUAAAUUCAAUACAGAUGAGAAAUUAUUUCUGCAUGAUAAGCAUGAAGAUUUUAAUUCUGCUGUUAAACUCCCUAUAAGUGCAAAACCUAUUAGCAAUAAGUCCCAAGUCAUUAAGCAUCAGAGAACUCGUGAAAUAGAGAAACCCCAUGUAUGCAGUGAAUGUGGAAAAGCCUUCAUUAAGAAGUCCCAGCUCACAGAUCAUCACAGAGUUCAUACAGGAGAGAAACCUUAUGGAUGCAAUAUUUGUGCGAAAGUAUUCUCCAGAAAGUCCAGGCUCAAUGAACAUCAGAGAAUUCAUAAAAGAGAGAAAUCCUUUCUAUGCAAUGAUUGUGGAAAAGUCUUCACCAUGAAGAGCCGUCUAAUUGAACACCAGCGAACUCACACUGGAGAGAAACCCUAUGUAUGUAACGAAUGUGGGAAAGGUUUCCCAGGGAAGCGUAAUCUCAUUGUACAUCAGCGAAAUCAUACUGGAGAGAAAUGCUAUGUAUGCAGUGAAUGUGGAAAGGGCUUCACUGGGAAGAGCAUGCUCAUCAUACACCAGCGAACUCAUACUGGAGAGAAACCCUACAUCUGCAGUGAAUGUGGGAAAGGCUUCCCCUUGAAGAGUCGACUGGUCGUACAUCAACGAACACAUACUGGAGAGAAACCUUACAGAUGCAGUGAAUGUGGGAAAGGUUUCAUUGUGAAUAGUGGACUGAUGUUACAUCAGCGAACUCACACUGGAGAGAAACCCUAUAUAUGCAAUAAAUGUGGAAAAGGUUUUGCCUUUAAGAGCAAUCUUGUGGUACAUCAGCGAACUCAUACUGGAGAGAAACCCUUUACGUGCAGUGAAUGUGGAAAAGGCUUCACCAUGAAACGCUAUCUCAUUGUACAUCAACAAAUCCAUACAGGAGAGAAAUCAUACAUAUGCAGCGAAUGUGGUAAAGGCUUUGCUAUGGAAACUGAGCUCAUUUUACAUCAGCAAAUUCAUACUGGAGAGAAACCUUAUGCAUGCAAUGAAUGUGGUAAAGGCUUCACUGUGAAAAGCCGACUAAUCGUUCAUCAGCGAACUCAUACAGGAGAGAAACCUUUUAUAUGCAGUGUAUGUGGAAAAGGCUUCUCCUCAAAGAGAAAUCUUAUUGUACAUCAGAGAACUCAUAAUGGAAACAAACCUCAAUGACACCAUGAAUAGGGUCACACCCU